UCCUUUCGUCCCAUUCAUUCUUCACGCACUCUCCUCCCUCCCUCGGCGUUUUUUUCUUGCUCCCAUUUCUCCCGCUCCAAUUUCUUCGCGGCAAUUCAAAGCCUCUCCCUCUCGAAUCUCGAUUCGUUAUCUUUCUCAGAUUCCGACCGCCGGCCGGCCAUCCCGCCGCCGUCUCGGCGAGCUGCUCCGAUUUAGUUUCCGUUUUUCUAAUUGCCCACAAAUAGCCUCCCUUUCUCUCUCUUUUUCUCUACCCUUCGCUUUUCAGUUAUACCGGUUCCUUUUUUUCUCUUUCCCCCGCCCAUCCGAUUCGCAAGAUGCUGCCACCUGGCGAUUCCAGGAAGCGGAAAGACAGAGUAUCAACGCCAGCGUUUUAUUCAGCUGCCAAGCCAUCGGCUCGGCUCGACUACCUCCACAAGCCGCCGCCGAAUAUGGCGCCGCCGUCUCCCACGCCAAGCCCUUCAUCCAACAACGGGCUUCUUGCCGGGUACCUAGCGUACGAGUUCCUAACGAGAGGGACGAUUCUCGGUGAGAAGUUUGACCCGGCGAAGUCGACGGAGGCGGCGGAUAGCCGGAGAAUUAGGAGAGGCGGAGCGAAACCGGCGGCCGCCGAGGAGGGGAUGAAAGAAAAGAAGAAGAAGGAAGACGAGGAGCGGAGCUAUGCGGAGGUGGCGAGCAUAUUGAAGACGGAACGGGCUCACGUUCCGGGGAUUGUGAACCCGACCCAACUGGCCCGCUGGAUCCGGAUGUGAAAGAGAAAUGGAGAAAGGCGAGGGGGGAACAAAAAUGGAGUUUGGGAUUGAACGUGAGUUGGUGUAAACUUGCAGUAGAAGAAGGUUUGGUGGGAGGGAGACAGGGGAAGCGCUGCUACGUCAAGCUCCGACAACACCACUAAAGCUUUGAAGACCGUCGAGAAGAAUGCCGGGCGUUGAUCUUGCGCAA